GGCAUUGCCUUCUAGAUGUUCACAGACUCUCUGUUUAUUUAUCUGCUCCAGAAUCUUUCCUGGUAUUGAUGUCAGACUAACUGGACGAUAAUUGUUGGGAUCCUCUUUUUUUCAUAUGGUUCUCUGCUUCGAAUCAUGAUUGGGAACAAAUGCCAGUCUCUAGUGAUCACUUCUUCACGUCUUUUAACUGUCAGCUUUUUUCCCCGUCAACUGCAGUUCUGGAACUGUUUAGCUUUGUUUCAAGUUGGAUGGCUUAGGAUUCAUAUGUGCUCAAUUAAAUACAAUAUGGCCCACAGAACUGCAAGGGAUACAUUCCCAGACUUAAUGUGGAAACGUGAAACCAUGGAUUAAAGCAAACCUUAUUGAAAUGAAUUUCUGGUAGAUGUUGACAUAGAGUCACAUUGGAGAACCUAGAGAGAACACCUGACUAGACAUUUCUAGGUCCUCCAGCAUGAUUCUAUAGUCAGUUUCUGCUGGAAUAUCACUGGGUCAUCCCUGGAGCACAUCAUGUUUUCUGAUACGCUUCCAGAGACUGUGCCAAUGCCAAAUCAUGGCACAAUUACACUUGAGGACCUAGAAAAUGCCUAGACAUUUUUUCAGAUAAACAUAUUUUUUCAGAUGUGGGUAAAUGAAACUACAGGUACCAGUCCCAUGGAUACCGGAGUUGUACUGUAAAUAAAACAAACAAACAAAAAAAAUCCAACAGUUGUUGGCUGCAUUAGGGAUUCACCUUUUGUUGCUGCAGUUAUUGUGGUCCCCCCCCCCCCCUGUACUCAUGCAUACACAGUAUGCAGUUCAAUUUAAGCCCUGAGCUAAACCUAUACUCUUGGUAAGUAUUAUUAGUAUCUAUAUUCUUGGAAAGUUUUUUUAUGUUGGUUUUUGAUGGCUAUGUACUUAAAACUUGGAUUCCAAAGAGAACCUGUGGUUCUUUAUUUUGACUCAUCAUUCAAUCAGAUUUCCAGCCCUCAUUUUCAUAGGAUAACCAUUCUGUGAACUGAGUGAUUGGUUGCCCUUUCCUAAUGACAUUCAGUCAUAUUUUCCCUACAGGUAUCUUCAGGCAUCUAAAAAGCUUCAUCUCUAAUUUUAUCUGUUUUUCUUUUCUCCCCGAGCGGCCUAUAUUUCCACAGAUGGCAGUUAUACAGGCCAACUUGCGGGAACAAAGAUGUGAGAUGCGUGUCUCUUGUAACAUUUGUGUGAGAUGCACAUGUCUCAGCGGGGGAAUUGCCAGCGUGAUCAUAGAGUGCAUUGUACAGAGCAUCCCAUCUCUCUUUAUCCGCACUCUAUCAUUAGGAGCUUCUUUGUUACACCCCCUCCCCUACUAGUGCUCCUUUUACUCCACCCAAAUCAAUUCAGAGGUUUCCUGCUGCCAUUUUAAAAAAUAUCCUGCUACCAAUAUCACCGUGUCAUCCCUGGAGCACACCAUGUUGUCUGAUACCCUUCCAGAGACCGUGCCAAUGCCGAAUCACGGCACAAUGACGGCUUCUUCGCAGGGCUCUUCCUCUGCCACAAAAUCCAGGCGCCAACCCGUUUGGACUGAUGAGGAAACCCGGGCCUUCAUCCAGGUGUGGGGCGAUGAUGCUGUCCAGAGUGCCCUGGCAUCAAACUACCGUACAGUGGCGCAGUUCCAAUGGAUAGCAGAUGAAAUGCGAGCCCGGGGGUACAACAGGGAUUGGGAGCAGUGCCGGGAGCGUGCAAAGGUGCUUCGGCGUGGCUUCAAAGAGAUAGUAGAUGGGAACAGCAACGCCGGGCACGGGCGCCGUGUCUGGCCAUAUUAUGAAGAACUUAACCGCUUUCUUUGCAUCAAGCAAAAUCUGGUUGUUCCGCGGCUUUCAGGCAGCAACGCCAGGCCACCCGUUGACCGUCGACGCCGGGAACACCGGGAAACACAGGAUGCAGCCUACGAGCCAACGUCCUCACUAGGAAAAAGUGACAAAGGGACUUUUGAAGAACCUGAUGGGGACUGUCUACUGUUGCCUGAAUCUGCUGGAUCUCAGCAGAGUGAAGCCAACAUGGAAAAUCAAGUCCCCUCUCCAGCAGCACACUCCGAUAUAUCCAUGGAUGGGAGUGCUGGCCCAGGCACCCCCAUAGAUCCUUUGCCACCCAGUGACUUGAUCUCUGCGCCAAAUCUACGCCCUCGACCGCUGACUGCUGCUGAGCGAAUGCGGAAUCUCCGUUGCAGGCAGAGAAAGAGGAGGGGGGACACUUUGAAGGAGCUUAUGGAAGUCACCUCCCAGGCCACCAGUGAACUUGUCCGGACACUCUCUGAACUCACACACAAAGAGGUAGCCUCUUUUGAGCGUGCUUACAAGGAGGACCUUGCAGCCCGGAAAGAUGAGAUGGAGCAGAGUGCCGAGGACAUUGGAAGAUUGGUCAGUGCUCUGGAAUCGAGUGAUCAAACUCUAAAGGAGCAGCUAAGCAGCCAGACCAACGUUUUGCAGGGCAUCCUGGAAGUCAUGAAGGACAUACGAGGCCGAACAUCCUACAGUCCCCCCUACCCGUCACAGUAUUACGAUUUCCCUGGCCCAAGUAUGAUGCAUACCGGGGGCACUUCCUCAAAUGGCCAAGAGAUGCCAUGUCCCUCCCCUUCCAGCCUUGCGUUCACAUCCCAGCAAUCGGCCACCAGCAAUGGAGACGUCUCCCCCAGGAAACGAAUGAAAUAGAUGGGAGAAGCACUGCUGCUCUGCUGUCAUUGUGGAAACCAUCCCUCCAGCUCUUCUCAGUUCUUGUUAUGACAUAUAUAUUGCUUUUCUUACUGCCUUUCUUAAUUGCAUAGGUAGCGACUUGUUCUCACCACAUUAUGUGUGUCGCCCUGCAACUUUAAAGUUGUGGAAACGUCUGCCAGCAAUGUACAUUUAGAUUUCUUAUUACUGGUUUUUUUUUUAAGUGUACCUACAUUAGUUUCCCUUCCAUCCUUGUUUCCAAAGGAAUGCAGUGUUUGAUGUAAAAGUCAAAGGUUUUUUAAAAUACACUUAAUAUGUGACCAGGUUCUGUAAAAAAAAAAAGGUAAUCUUUUAAGAGUAAUAAAGCUGCACUGUUGUUCUA